GUUAGAAGAGAAAAAAAUACUUUUUAAAAAUUUCAUUGCAAAAAAAGUCACGUGUUAAUUGAAGAAAUUCAAUCAAAAUAUCAGGAACGGAAGAAGAUUGGCCUGCCGAAAGGCCGAUGGUGCAGCGUCCUGCGAUGGAUGAUGCCGUCUCGCCCGUGGGAGGCGGGCAUCAUCGCGAACCGCCGCCAACGACUUCCGUAGCAGCGAGCAAUCGGCUCGGCAUCGGUAUCGGAUACUCGCAAAUGCACCAAAAUGCCGGUUACAAUAAGCUUUUCACACAGGGUUCAGCAGAUUCCAAUUACUCCCAACCAUCAUCCGAUCUGUCGCUAGACGAGGAAAAGGAAUCGCUUCGGCGAGAAAAAGAGCGGCAGGCUUUAGGCCAGUUGGAAAAAGCAAGGACAAAACCUGUAGCAUUCGCUGUUCGGACAAACGUACCCUAUGAUGGUAAUGUUGACGACGAUUCACCCGUGCAUGGAAGCGCCGUGUCUUUUGAUAUCGGCGAUUUUUUGCACAUCAAAGAAAAGUACGACAAUAAUUGGUGGAUUGGUCGAUUGGUUAAGGAGGGCUGUGAAGUGGGAUUUAUUCCGAGUCCCGUCAAAUUGGAUCACAUUAGGAUGCAGGCGUCUGCGAGAUCAUCAAAGCUGUACGCGGUGAAACCAACAAGUAGCGGUAAUUUAGGAGCAACUGGCUUGCCAGGUGCGGAGACACGAGGUAGCACACCCCCAACACCCGGAGACGAAAGUGACGGCAUGGGGGCGCCGCGACAUGGAAAAGCAACAAUGGCGACGCCGCCGACGAAGGAAAAACGAAAACCCUUUUUUAAGAAACAAGAAACCUCGUCGCCAUACGAUGUCGUGCCGUCGAUGCGACCCGUUGUACUUGUGGGGCCAAGUUUAAAAGGUUACGAGGUGACCGACAUGAUGCAAAAAGCUUUAUUUGACUUUUUAAAGAGACGAUUUGAAACUAGAAUUAUAAUUACACGGGUUCAAGCCGACAUUUCCUUAGCUAAACGUUCACUAAUGAAUAAUCCCUCAAAGCGUGCGAUUAUGGAACGCUCUAACAGUAGAUCAUCGUGCCUAGCAGAAGUACAGGCGGAAAUAGAACGUAUUUUUGAAUUGGCACGGACAUUACAAUUAGUAGUACUCGAUUGUGAUACAAUUAAUCAUCCGUCACAAUUAGCAAAAACUUCUUUAGCACCUUUAAUAGUUUAUUUAAAGAUAGCUAGUUCUAAGGUUUUACAACGUUUAAUCAAAUCACGUGGCAAAGCUCAGUCAAAAAAUUUAUCAGUACAAAUGGUUGCGGCGGACAAAUUGAAUCAAUGUCCUCCCGAAAUGUUUGAUAUAAUAUUAGACGAGAAUCAGCUGGAGGAAGCGUGUAAUCAUUUAGCGGAAUAUUUAGAAGCAUAUUGGAGAGCAACUCAUCCCCCAGUUAGAUCAAAUCCAUCUGUUCCUAGACCACUACCGUCCCAAGAAGCGUCGCCAUCUGCCGAUCAAGCGAACCGGAUGGGCCAUACUCCUCCAGAAUAUACUACUAACCAUUACAAAUCACAUGCAAACCACACAACUACAACAACAACAACAAACAACCGCACAACAGAACAUGACCAAAACGAGGAUACAUCCAAAAUACCUCGAGAUAAUAGAUAUAGAGACCGUGAUAUUCGGGAACGGGAUCACGAACGCGAACGGGACAGAGAUAGAGAUCGAGGUGCUUCAUAUCAUCACAAUCGUCGACCAACGCGCGUGGAUCGUGAGCGUUACAGCGAUCGGGGAGAUCAUCGAGAUCGCGGCGAUCCGCGUUACAUGGAACGUGGCCACAGUUCACAUCGUGAUUAUUCCUCAAGUGCUCGGCAAGACUACAAUCGUCACUACGACGACGAAUAUUUGGUGCAUGAAACGUCGGCGUUGCGCGAACGAGAUCGCGACCGGGAACGAGAUCGCGAUCGCGAAUGGAUCGAACGCGAAAGAUAUCAGCCGUUGGCGCCGCACCAAUCGAGCAGUAGUCCGCACCGAAGGGAUGGAAACAAUAGAAGGGUGUUGAACGCCAUGUAGGAGUCAUGGAUUUAGGGGUGGGAUCACAUGGAUGAUUGUGAACGAGAUGUCGAAGAUGAGGAAGCGGAAGACGAUGGCUUUGAGUACGAUGAGUUUUUCUAAAUUUUUCUCCGUGAAUUUUUAGACUUUCUCACGCAAUCGACUUUCAUCGACUUUCGAACGCGCACACACACAAACAUCGACGUGUCGACAUCUUUCAUACGGGACUUGAUGGAAAAUUUCGGAAAAAAUUAUUUUCGAAACUCAAAUCCGGUUCCGUAUCUCAACCAUCCUGAUCUCAUCCCUAAAACGCCCUUUUCUUUUAUAUUUUUUCCAUUUACUU